AUGGCGACCUUCUCCACCACGUCGCAUCAAGUCGACUUGGGUCAGGCUCACUUCCAGACAGCCGACUCCCCUUUGAAGCUUCAACUCACAGCUACUGGUGACUUCAAAUUGCCGAUCAAUUACUCAACCCAGAUUCCACAGAUCGAGGAUAUUCAAUUGCUUCAUCUUUUCUCCUCCUGGGUCACAGAAGCACCGGAACUCGAACUCCGACUUCAUUUCGAUAUCAACCCACGACUGGACAGGACUCUGUCAAACCUUGUCUCAAGCCUGGCAGAAAAGAUGUGCAGUUCGAAGGUUUGGUCAGAUCUUGGCUCCACAAUCGUCUUCAAGAGCUGCGAAACCUUCAAGAACACCAAUGGCUCUCGCAUAAGCUGCCUCAUAUUUGGAAUGUGCAGAGGAAACGCACCCCCACCACCAGGUCAGCAGUCGAAGGCGCUGGACAUAUAUCUGGAGUACAGCUUGCCAGCCUAUCCGGAAAUUAAAAUGGAGGUGGAUGAGAUUAUAAAAUUGAACUCGGGUGAUUUGUUGCAGAGUUUGGAGCAGGAUUUUAUAUACUACUACACGCCGCCAAAUAUAUAUCCUCCACUGCCAGUGGCACACCGGGACGGCGGAUUCGGAGAAAAUGCCGAAAUUCAAGUUGCAGACCACUGGCAAUUCACGAAUUUCCUUGACCUUGUCCAACACUACCCAUCAGAAAAACUUGAAGAUGAUGCCGCAAAUUAUUUUUCAGUUUCAUACCGGCUACUCGACAAGUCUCUUCGGAAAUUAGUGCUAGCACCUCUAUCGAGAGUCUCUCAGUCGGACUCAGCUCAAGCAUCGGAAUCUCUGGAAAAUAUGUCUGGGUUGACACCGGCCAUUUUCAACCCACUUUACCGCCAGGCCAUGGAGCAGCGAGCAGUAUCAAUACCAAUAAUAUCAAAAGCAAUAACCUCGAUGGUGAAGGGCAGUCAGAAUUCGGAAUUAAGGCACAUGGCAGGGAAUCUGUUACAGAGCGUCGGUGAUUCGGUUCCGAAUAUCACAGCCAGCUUGCCUGGUCAAAGAAAACUGAGCCACGCCAUUCAAUCAUCGUUGUGGUGCAUCGCACAAACACAGCUCCGUGGAAUCAAAAAUCCCAUGAAGGCGUCUUCUUUCUUUGAUGUCUCUGAAUCGACGUCGCCGAGUGCAACUGUCGACGCGGGAUUAAAUAUGCUACUCGAACACGACACUUUUUCCAACGACGAACUACUUGAAUCUAAUACUUAUAACGACCUUAGCCAGUCAACCAUUUACUCACAAGAAGCCGCCGAUUGGUCUGUCGACUGGAUUGGCGAAGAUUGUAAUGAUAUAAACGAUGUGGCGAGCUUCUUCGAAUACGUUUCCGACUGGGAUCCAACUGUUGCAGACAGUCUCUUCUCACCUUGCGAAAAUUUACAGUCCCCACAGUCUCCAUCCAGUUCUUCUGGUAUGUUACUGCCCGACGAAGAUGAUGAUGUUCAAGUUGAUAAAGAUGGAUUCGAUCUGCUUUUUGAUUUCUAG